GUCAGGCAUUGGUUGAGGGCGGUCGACAAGACGAGAAAGAAUUGCAUGGUGAUGUUCAAAGGUGGGUGGAAAGAUGUGGUUGGUGUAAGGAGGAGUAGAUAAGUAGGGGUAAAUUGUUUAGUUUUGAUAGUGGAUGUUGAUGCUGUGUGAAGAUGGAAAUGGCAGUGGGCAGGCGAGAAACGGACCCUCUUUUAUAAGUAAGUGAACACAGUACAUCCCCCGCAAAGUAAAAAAAAAAACAACCACCCGGGAAUGGAUGGAUCUGGCCUGCUGAUGAUCCCUUCUUGGCGCGGCAAUUACUUGGCGAUCGAGUGGCUGCGCCUUGACGAUCCCUGCCCGAUGCCGUCCCGUCAGCCCACCAUUAUGCGGCCUUUUCCAACCUCACCGUCUUUUCCCUCUGUUGCAACAAGUUGCUGGCUGCUUCUCUUCUUGCUGUUGCUUCUACGGAGGGUCAUCGUUCAGCAACCUGGUUCAGUUUGUCAAGCGUGGGGGCUGGAAGCUGAGGCUGGGCGCAAUCGACGCCGCAGCGACGGCUCACUGCAUGCAUGCAUGUCUUACACCCCGCCACCCCAUCAUGGUCACGCUAUGUUCAUAACCCCAUUGUAUGGACAUGGGGUGCGUCUCUUGGGUGAGCCGGAUGUCAGAGCACCGAAGAGGAUUGUCACCAGAUCCACCAGAUGCGACCGAAGAAAAGCAGUCAUUGCUGCCAGAGCAGCCAUGACUGCAGCGGAGACACCGGAUGCUGAUGCACCUCCGAGACCCGUCAUCAUCAGAGACCUAGAAUGGAAGUCCUAGGUUCUAAGAAUAGACCCCGCUGCAGAGGAUAGAUAAUAAUAGGAAAACCGGUGGCAGGGCUGAUGGAGCACGAUGCAGAUCCAUCUGGAUCCGGUGAUCGGACAUGACAUCAAGGAAACGUAUCGAUGCUGCAGAGUCAUCUGUGCGACCGACUAAUUGUCCGCACCUCCACGCCUCGUUCUGGAAUAGGAGUUGCCGUUGUCGUGGAGGGUGAGGGUACGCUACGUGCCAGUAUCACUUCCAACCACAC